UCUUUGUUGCAGGCCGCCUGGACACCAGGCCCUUCUGCAGUGGCCGGGGCAACUUCAGCACUGAAGGAUGCGGCUGUGUUUGUGAACCUGGCUGGAAAGGCCCCAACUGCUCUGAGCCGGAGUGCCCAGGCAACUGUCACCUUCACGGCCAGUGCAUGGACGGGCAGUGUGUCUGCGACGAGGGCUUCACUGGUGAGGACUGCAGCCAGCUGGCCUGCCCCGGCGACUGCAAUGACCAGGGCAAGUGCAUGAACGGGGUGUGCAUCUGUUUCGAGGGCUACUCGGGAGCUGACUGCAGCCAGGAGAUCUGCCCCGUGCCCUGCAGUGAGGAGCACGGCACGUGUGUGGACGGCCGGUGCGUGUGCCAGGAAGGCUUUGCCGGUGACGACUGCAGUGAGCCCCUGUGCCUCAACAACUGCUACAACCGCGGGCGGUGCGUGGAGAACGAGUGUGUUUGCGACGAGGGCUUCACGGGCGAAGACUGUAGUGAGCUCAUCUGCCCCAACGAUUGCUUCGACCGGGGCCGCUGCGUCAACGGCACCUGCUACUGCGAAGAGGGCUUCACGGGCGAGGACUGCAGCAAACUCACCUGCCCGCACGCCUGCCACGGCCAGGGCCGGUGCGAGGAGGGGCAGUGCGUGUGUGAUGAGGGCUUUGCCGGCGUGGAUUGCAGUGAGAAGAGGUGCCCUGCCGACUGUCACAACCGCGGCCGCUGCGUGGACGGGCGCUGUGAGUGUGACGACGGCUUCACGGGAGCUGACUGCGGGGAGCUCAAGUGUCCCAACGGCUGCAGCGGCCACGGCCGCUGCAUCAACGGGCAGUGCGUGUGUGAUGAGGGCUACACUGGGGAGGACUGCAGCCAGCUGCGGUGCCCCAGUGACUGUCACAACCGGGGCCGCUGCGUCCAGGGCAAGUGUGUGUGCGAGCAAGGCUUCAAGGGCUACGACUGCAGUGACAUGAGCUGCCCUAAUGACUGUCACCAGCACGGCCGCUGCGUGAACGGCAUGUGCGUCUGUGAUGACGGCUACAUGGGGGAAGACUGCCGGGAUCGCCGAUGUCCCCGGGACUGCAGCAACCGGGGCCGCUGCGUGGACGGGCAGUGCGUGUGUGAGGACGGCUUUGCUGGUCCCGACUGCUCUGAACUGUCCUGUCCGAGUGACUGCCACGGCCGGGGCCGCUGCGUGAAUGGGCAGUGCGUGUGCAACGAAGGCUUCAUGGGCAAAGACUGCAAGGAGCAGAGGUGUCCCGGUGACUGUCAUGGCCAGGGGCGCUGCGAGGAUGGCCAGUGCAUCUGCCACGAGGGCUUCACGGGCCUGGACUGUGGGCAGCGCUCCUGCCCCAACGACUGCAGUGACUGGGGGCAGUGCGUCUCGGGCCGCUGCAUCUGCAGCGAGGGCCACACCGGGGAAGACUGCUCGCAGGUGUCACCUCCCAAAGACCUCGUCGUGACAGAAGUGACAGAAGAGACCGUCAACCUGGCCUGGGACAAUGAGAUGCGGGUCACAGAGUACCUGGUUAUAUACACGCCUACCCACGCAGACGGCUUGGAAAUGCAGUUCCGCGUGCCCGGGGACCAGACGUCCACCACCAUCCGGGAGCUGGAGCCGGGUGUGGAGUACUUUAUCCGGGUGUUUGCCAUCUUAGAGAACAAGAAGAGCAUUCCCGUCAGUGCCAGGGUGGCCACGUACUUACCUGCACCCGGAGGCCUAAAAUUCAAGUCCAUCAAGGAGACAUCUGUGGAAGUGGAGUGGGAUCCUCUGGACAUUGCUUUUGAAACGUGGGAGAUUAUUUUCCGGAAUAUGAAUAAAGAAGAUGAGGGAGAGAUCACCAAAAGCCUCAGGAGACCAGAGACCUCUUACCGGCAAACCGGUCUAGCUCCAGGGCAAGAGUACGAGAUAUCUCUGCACAUCGUGAAAAACAAUACUCGGGGCCCUGGCCUGAAGAGGGUGACCACCACCCGCUUGGAUGCCCCCAGCCAGAUCGAGGCGAAGGAUGUCACAGACACCACCGCUUUAAUCACCUGGUUCAAGCCCCUGGCUGAGAUUGACGGCAUCGAGCUCUCCUAUGGCAUCAAAGAUGUGCCGGGCGACCGCACCACCAUCGAUCUCACACAGGACGAGAACCAGUACUCCAUCGGGAACCUGAAGCCCGACACCGAGUAUGAGGUGUCCCUCACCUCCCGCAGGGGUGACAUGUCGAGCAACCCAGCUAAAGAGACCUUCACAACAGGCCUGGAUGCUCCCAGGAAUCUCCGACGUGUCUCCCAGACAGACAACAGCAUCACCCUGGAAUGGAGGAAUGGCAAGGCGGCCAUAGACAAUUACAGAAUUAAGUACGCACCCAUCUCUGGGGGUGACCACGCCGAGGUAGACGUCCCGAAGAGCCAACAAGCCACCACGAGAACCACACUCACAGGUCUGAGGCCAGGAACCGAGUAUGGGAUUGGAGUUUCUGCUGUGAAGGACGACAAGGAGAGCAAUCCGGCCACCAUCAACGCGGCCACAGACUUGGACACACCCAAGGACCUUCGGGUUUCUGAAACUGCAGAGACCAGCCUGACCCUGGCCUGGAGGACACCGUCGGCCAAGUUUGACCGCUACCGCCUCAACUACAGCCUCCCCACGGGCCAGCCUGUGGAGGUGCAGCUUCCCAGGAACACCACCUCCUACGUCCUGAGAGAUCUGCAGCCAGGGUGGGAAUACACCAUCCUCCUGACAGCCGAGAAGGGCAGGCACAAGAGCAAACCUGCGCGUGUGAAGGCAUCCACCGAACAAACCCCUGAACUGGAAAACCUCACCGUGACUGAGGUUGGCUGGGAUGGCCUCAAACUCAACUGGACCACCCCUGACCAGACCUAUGAGCACUUUGUCAUCCAGGUGCAGGAGGCCAACACGCUGGAGGCCACCCAGAACCUCACGGUGCCUGGCAGCCUCCGGGCUGUGGACAUCCCAGGCCUCAAGGCUGCUACCCCUUACAGAGUCUCCAUCUAUGGGGUGAUCUGGGGCUCUAGAACACCAGUGCUCUCUGCUGAGGCCUCCACAGGGAAAACUCCCAAUUUGGGAGAGGUCACGGUGUCCAAGGUGGGCUGGGAUGCCCUCAGACUCAACUGGACCGCUCCAGAAGGGGCCUAUGAGCACUUUUUCAUUCAGGUGCAGGAGGCUGACGCAGUAGAGGCAGCCCAGAACCUCACAGUCCCAGGAGAACAGAGGUCCGUGGACCUGCCUGGGCUCAAAGCAGACACUCAUUAUACUGUCACCAUCCGCGGGGUCACUCAGGACUUCAGCACAACCCCUCUCUCUGUUGAGGUCUCGACAGAGGAGGUUCCAGAUCUGGGAAACCUCACAGUGACCAAGGUUAGCUGGGAUGCCCUCAGACUGGACUGGACCACACCAGAUGGCACCUACGACCAAUUUGUCAUUCAGGUCCAGGAGACGGACCAGGUGGAAGAGGCUCGCAAUCUCACAGUUCCUGGCAGCCUGCGCUCCGUGGAAAUCCCUGGCCUCAGGGCUGGCACUCCUUACACAGUCACCCUGCACGGCAAGGUCAGGGGCCACAGCACUCGGCCCCUUGCUGUGGAGGUCACCACAGAGGAGCUCCCCGAGCUGGGAGAUUUAGCUGUGACUGAGUUUGGCUGGGAUGGCCUCAAACUGAACUGGACCGCACCAGACCAGGCCUAUGAGCACUUUGUCAUCCAGGUGCAGGAGGCCAACACGCUGGAGGCCACUCAGAACCUCACGGUGCCCGGCAGCCUCCGGGCUGUGGACAUCCCAGGCCUCAAGGCUGCUACCCCUUACAGAAUCUCCAUCUAUGGGGUGAUCUGGGGCUCUAGAACACCAGUGCUCUCUGCUGAGGCCUCCACAGCCAAAGAACCUGAAAUUGGAAACUUAAGUGUUGCUGACAUAACUCCUGAGAGCUUCAAUCUCUCCUGGACAGCUGCUGAUGGGAUCUUCGAGACCUUUACCAUUGAAAUUAUUGAUUCUAAUAGGUUGCUGGAGACGGUAGAAUAUAAUAUCUCUGGUGCUGAACGAACUGCCCACAUCUCAGGGCUACCCCCUAGUACUGACUUUAUUAUCUACCUGUCUGGACUUUCUCCCAGCAUCCGGACCAAAACCAUCAGUGCCACAGCCACCACAGAGGCCCUGCCCCUUCUGGAAAACUUAACCAUUUCCGACAUUAAUCCCUACGGGUUCACAGUUUCCUGGAUGGCAUCGGAGAAUGCCUUUGACAGCUUUCUAGUAACGGUGGUGGAUUCUGGGAAGCUGCUGGACCCCCAGGAAUUCACACUUUCAGGAACCCAGAGGAAGCUGGAGCUUAGAGGCCUCAUAACGGGCAUUGGCUAUGAGGUUAUCGUCUCUGGCUUUACCCAAGGGCACCAAACCAAGCCCUUGAGGGCUGAGAUUGUUACAGAAGCCGAACCAGAAGUUGACAACCUUCUGGUUUCAGAUGCCACCCCAGACGGUUUCCGUCUGUCCUGGACAGCUGAUGAAGGGGUCUUCGACAGUUUUGUUCUCAAAAUCAGAGAUACCAAAAAGCAGUCUGAGCCACUGGAAAUAACCCUCCUUGCCCCCGAACGUACCAGGGACAUAACAGGUCUCAGAGAGGCUACUGAAUACGAAAUCGAACUCUAUGGAAUAAGCAAUGGAAGGCGAUCCCAGCCAGUCAGUGCCGUAGCGACAACAGCAAUGGGCUCCCCGAAGGAAAUCAUGUUCUCGGACAUCACUGAAGACUCAGCUACUGUCAGCUGGAUGGCACCCACUGCCCAGGUGGAGAGCUUCCGGGUUACCUAUGUGCCCAUCACAGGAGGUACACCCUCAGCAGUAACUGUGGAUGGAACCAAGACCCAGACCAGGCUGGUGAAGCUCGUACCUGGGGUGGAAUACUUCGUCAACGUCAUUGCCAUGAAGGGCUUCGAGGAGAGCGAGCCCGUCUCAGGGUUGCUCACCACAGCUCUGGAUGGCCCCUCCGGCCUGGUGACAGCCAACAUCACCGACUCGACCGCCUUGGCCAUGUGGCAGCCGGCCAUUGCCACUGUGGACAGUUAUGUAAUCUCCUACACAGGGGAAAGAGUGCCAGAAAUUACACGCACGGUGUCCGGGAACACGGUGGAGUACGCUCUGACCGACCUCGAGCCUGCCACGGAAUACACGCUGAGAAUCCUCGCCGAGAAAGGGCCUCAGAAGAGCGCAACCAUCGCGACCAAGUUCACCACAGACCUCGAUUCUCCACGAGACUUGGCCGCUACUGAGGUUCAGUCAGAAACUGCCCUGCUCACCUGGCGACCCCCCCGGGCAUCUGUCACUGGUUACCUCCUGGUCUAUGAAUCCGUGGAUGGUACAGUCAAGGAAGUCAUUCUGGGUCCAGACACCACCUCCUACAGCCUGACAGACCUGAGCCCAUCCACACACUACACAGCCAAGAUCCAGGCGUUAAAUGGGCCCCUGAGGAGCAAGCUAGUCCAGACCAUCUUCACCACAAUUGGACUCCUAUACCCAUUCCCCAGGGACUGCUCCCAAGCAAUGCUGAAUGGAGACACGACCUCUGGCCUCUACACCAUUUAUCUGAACGGCGAUAAGGCCCAGGCUCUAGAAGUCUACUGUGACAUGACCUCCGACGGAGGUGGAUGGAUCGUGUUCCUGAGACGCAAAAACGGACGUGAGGACUUCUACCGAAACUGGAAAGCCUAUGUGGCUGGAUUCGGGGACCGCAGAGAGGAAUUCUGGCUCGGGCUGGACAACCUGAGCAAAAUCACAGCCCAGGGGCAGUACGAGCUCCGGGUGGACCUGCGGGACCACGGGGAGACAGCCUUCGCCGUCUACGACAGAUUCAGCGUGGGGGAUGCCAAGACUCGCUACAAGUUGAAGGUGGAGGGGUACAGCGGGACAGCAGGUGACUCCAUGGCCUACCACAAUGGCAGGUCCUUCUCCACCUUCGACAAGGACACGGACUCAGCCAUCACCAACUGUGCCCUGUCCUACAAGGGGGCUUUCUGGUAUAGGAACUGUCACCGCGUCAACCUGAUGGGGAGAUACGGGGAUAAUAACCACAGUCAGGGUGUUAACUGGUUCCACUGGAAGGGACAUGAAUACUCAAUCCAGUUUGCUGAGAUGAAACUGAGACCCAGCAACUUCAGAAAUCUCGAAGGCAGGCGCAAACGGGCAUGAAUUCCAGGGACCACUGGGUGAGAGAGGAAUAGGGCCCAGAGAAAGGAACGGAUUUUACCAAAGCAUCAAUACAACCAGCCCAAUUGUCAGUCCACACCUGGGCUUCUGGCAAGAGUCAAAGUUGACCAUGGAUCACUGCGGCCAGCGGCAACUGCACGGCCUCACCUACUCUGCGAUUACCUUCUUCGCACCAAAGACACUAGUCUCCAGCAGGUUUCUGUUUUGUUGUUUGAUUCAGCAAAACUCUUCCAGUGACAACAUCACAAUGGUUUUUACUUCUCUUGGGUGGCUCUGGGACUGGGGAGGGGUAGGCUGUACAGUGGUAGUUUGUUUUAGAACCAGCUGUAUUUUACACAAAGCCGUAUAAUUAAUUAUUUUUGUUAGCAAAGAUUAAAUGUGUGUCAUUGGAAGCCGUCCCCCUUUUUUUUUUUAUAUUUCAUACAACAGAAACCAGAAAAGCAAUAUUGUUUCAAUUUUUAAAAUAUGAUUAAUAUUAUUAAUAUAAUAAUGAUGAUGAAAACUAAGGAUUUUUAAAGAGAUCUUCCUUUCCAAAACACAUCUGGACGUUACCUGAUUGUAUUUUUUGUUUUUUAAUAAAAGCACAAGUACUUUUGA